GUUUCGUAAGCCGAGAGGCUGAGGAGAAAGGAGGGAAGAGCGGCGCGUCCUAGCGGGGCCAUGUUGGGGCCUAGCGCAGCCGCCGGCAAAAUCGUUAGGAUUUUGGACAAAAAUAUUUUUUCCGUUGUGCAUGUAACUAAAAGACCAUAUUGGGUUAUUAACAGAAGGGUUUGCAGCAAACCGCAGGAGGCCAUUCCGCAGAGGCCAAAACCAGGGGCUUCAGGCUUUUCCCAAAGAGUCCCGGGAUACAAGCCGUCUGACUGGGAUAAGAGAUUCUUGAUAUGGACAGGGCGUUUUAAAAAAGCAGAGGAUAUACCUGAAACUGUGUCGUUUGAGAUGGUAGAUACAGCAAGGAACAAGAUGCGUGUGAAGAUCAGCUACCUAAUGAUUGCCUUGACAAUUCUGGGUUGCAUAAGUAUGGUUAUUUCAGGGAAACAGGCUGUUGGACGGCAUGAAUCCCUGACAACCCAAAAUCUGGAGAAAAAAGCCCGCUGGAGAGAGGAAGCAGCUCAGAGUGCCUCUGCGAAGCCAUAGUAAAUAAAUAGGAAGAACGUUCGAAGAGAAGGCACAAAACUGAUUAUCACUCUUCAGUUAUGGAGCAGCAACUUGAGGGAUUCAUAAGUUACUUUUUUCCUGUUCCUUUACACCGCUCAGAAAUUGUGUAGCAAUCCUAAGGUUUCAAGCUAUCUUCAUGGGGAUUCCAUAUUUUGCUAAACAUCAAAUAACUGUUUAUUUUGCUAGAAGGCUAAAUUCCAGGCAUUAAAUCUGUUCCUUCAGUUACGUUAUACUGGAUGAAAUUAAAACACUCAUGUAACCUGUAAAACCACUUUGCCCUAUCCAUAUGUGAUGGAUAGGCUUAUCUAAGGUCUUGAAAAUCCAUCUUGAGUGGUUAAAAACAUAUGUAGAAUUUUUAAAAUAAAUUGGUGCACAAGUA